UCUUCAGUAGCAGCAUAUUAAACGUACUAAAAUACCUGAAGUUUGAAAAUGUCCGGAACAACAUUAACCUUAACAGAAAACAGAUUUCCUUGUGCAUUCAAUUUGAAAGACAUCGGGCAUAUUUCACGAAACAGAUUUCAUCACAUCAAAACAAACGUACAAAAUGAUUUCGAAAUAAAUCAACUUCUAGAAGACGAAAUUAUACCAAAUAAAAACCUUUACAGUUGGGUGCUGUUUAGCCUGGGUAAUUAUGACUCGGCUUUUAAAAUAAACGCAGAAGUUCUAGAGUUGAGUAACAGACAGAACAUCCCAGCACUAGAGAGUCGGGUGUUUAUGUUGUCCAAACGAUGCCACGAGACAGAUGUCGAGGACACCGUAAAAGAACUCAGGGCUCUGGAGAGUUCGUCUGAUUUCAAGCGGCUCCACACUGAGGCUGUAGCAGAGCAGGCUUUUUAUCUGAGCAGGAUGGGAGGGUUUAAACACUACAUGCAGUCAGUCCAACUUUUUAAGCAAGUUUUACAAGACAAUGACAGGAAUUAUUUGUGGAAGUUUGGUCUAGGCCUGGUGUAUCGCCGGCUGACACACAACAACCUACGUUUUUCGAAUACACCAGAAGCACUAAAAGAAGUUCUAGAAUCCUGUGCCACACAUUUAUUCGACGUUGCUGAAAAUGCGGGUGAUAGGCUAAAAGGAUUAGCCUAUGCUCAGCUUCUCAAUUUAAACCAAUGGUAUUGGAGAACAGAUUAUAUCUAUAUAUUGAGAAACAAGACAGUAGAUUAUUUAUUUGAAAAAGCCAUCGAAUAUGGUAAUAAUGAUCCUUCCGUUUUGGCAGCUUGUGGAAAAUGUUAUAAAGGUAAGGACUUAGACAAGGCAAUCGAAGUUUUAAAGAAAUCGUUAAGAUUGAAACCAAACACAAUCGCAUAUCAUCAUUUGGGAAUUUGUUAUGAGAAGCAAAAUCGUUUAAAAAGUGAAGGAAAAUACUGGGGAAGGUCGAGGUCCGACAAAAAAAAGAAGUCGAUAAAAAAUCAACGUUGUUUAGACGAAAGUUUACCACAUAAAGCCAACACCUCUUCCUCUUGCCCGCCCCGAAACAAACUCGAAGGGCGAAGAAUAAGUCGCUGCCAGUCAGUGGACAAAAAUCCAGUCCCUUUACAGCUCAAAUCCUACGCUCAACGCUCAGAUCAGACGCUAGAUCCGAAUAACGAACUGGUCAAAAAAGCCAUUCUCAACUAUAAACGCGCUGUAAAGAUUUCAAGAGAAGAAAAUUUCCCCGCACUAUUUAGUCUUGGAGUGAUCUAUAAGCAGAUAGGAAAUUUCGAUGAAGCUCUACAACACUUUAACUUGAUCAUUAAUGCCGAGGUACGACACAAUGAUAAUCUGAUUUCUGUAAUCUCCGCUUAUGAAAAUGCUGGUAUAUGUUGUAAAGAGAUUGGGAAAACUCGCCCCGAAUACGAACAAAAGGCCAAAGGUCACUUCACUAAGGCGAUAUCUCUGGCUGCUGAUCUUGCGGCCAAAGUACCUGAUCUCAAGAACUAUGUUCAAGAUAUUUGGAAAUCUUACGGCAUUUUAAAGGAAGAUAUCGAUAAAAUGUCCUCACAGACAGAAAAGGACAAACAAAUUAUAUACCUCCAUAUAAUAAUGCAUGAGCACAAAGAUGUAAUUUUAGCUGUACAAAGAAUUAUGAACCAAAACGCCGAAUUUGACGACAUAGACGUGUUUAAAGUUGGCCUUGAAAGUUCCUUAAAACUUAAAAUCUUUGAGGGGGCUUUGGCUUUCUUGAAUCUUGCCAGCACACUUCCCAAUUUAAUCAACUCGGAGAAGUGGACACGCGAUGAGAUCAUUAAGCUGAAAUUUAAAACGUUGUUGUGUGUCACGUGGCAACGCUUGUAUUCCGGAAGUAAAGAUUUGAUGCGGACAUUCCAGCAUAUGUUUCAGUUAAAGUACGGUCAGUGUUCCGGUCAGGAGGACGAUGGGAACAUGGAUGUUGACGUCACCAAACAUGACCUACUUCUGGUGUAUGACGAGAGCUCUGACGACCCUAUGCCGACUGCUGUGAUAGCUCGUUAUUUAGAGCAGGUUUCUUAUCAGAUUUUUGGCUUAGACACAAGUUGUAACUUACAGAAUAAUCUGCAGUACAACAGCACAGUAGGGGAAAUUUUACUGGAGGAGAUGAGGCGGUACCGAGUGGUGGUUCUCGUCUUGGGAAAUGACAGCAGAUUAUUCAAACAUUAUCUACAAUGUGCAAUACAAAAUGAAGCUGCCGAAUCAGAAACUGUUACAACAUUUAUGAUAAUAAACACAAACCAAAAUAAAAACGGAAUUCCCUUGACUUUAGCAACCAUUCCGUGUCUCAAGUGGGAAGAUCUGCAUCCUAAAGAACUCAGCGAAGAUCAUCUGGAAAAAGAUCUACAAAUUCAAGAUUUGAUCUCCAUCUUGUUCGAUGACCACGUGGAUAACCUUGUGAAACUUUUUUGUUUUUUGAUGCAAGAAGAUUUCUCUGCCUAUGAGGGCCAAGUUCAGCCGUUACCACCAGCAGAAGAUGACACGGUCGACUUGCUUGCAAGCGGUGGCGUCUGCUUAAGGGAGAGUUAGUCAUUAGUUUAAAUCCUGUCAAAUGUCGAUCGUUUGGGUCACAACAGGGAGUGGUCA